AUGAAGUUUGGCAAGACCUUCGAGUCCCACCUGACGAUCGAGUGGCGCCAGCAGUAUAUGCGAUAUGGGGAUCUCAAGGAGCUGAUCAAACAAGGCGUGGAGAACGCCCCCUCUCCGCUUACUUCCUCGGACUACGAAGUUCAGGCCUAUUAUAAGGCCUUUGAGGAGACCUUUCUCACCGAAUGCCAAUCGGAACUGACUGGGGUAAACAAUUUCUUUCUUGAAAAACUCCUGGAGGCCCGACGCAAGCAUGGCCAUCUGAAGCUUCAGCUUUUGGCCUAUUCCCGGGAACCCGGACACACCGGCAGUGAUUCCUCGCUUUCCCAGCGAGCCGAGAGGAGCCAAAAAAAGGUUAUGACCACUCGCCAGUUGAGAUAUGCCUAUGCCGAGUUCUAUCUGAGUCUGGUUCUCAUCCAAAACUAUCAGUCGCUGAACGAGACGGGUUUCCGUAAGAUCUGCAAGAAGUACGACAAGAAUAUGCGAUCCGUAGCUGCUGGCAGGUGGUUUGCAGAGAACGUGCUGGAUGCCCCCUUUACGGAUGUACGUCUAUUGCAGCGCAUGACCAUCGAGGUUGAGGAUCUAUAUACGACCCAUCUGGCGAAUGGGGAUCGCUCGUUGGCUAUGGAAAAGCUAAGAGUUCCGCCUUUGGGCGAGCCCACUCCUCCAUCGAUGGUCUUCCGUGCGGGAAUCGCUCUCGGCAUGCUAAUCAUGCUGCUCGUGGCCACCGCCAUCAGUUACUGGAAACGAGCUCCAUUGGAGGAACACACUCCGGGUCUGAUGCGCCUCUUUCGCGGCCCAUUCACCUGGGUGAUCUUCAACUUUUACAUGGCCGCCAAUGUGGCCGGAUGGCAGCAGGCCGGAGUCAACCACAUUCUUAUCUUCGAGAUAGACCCCAGAAGUCAUCUGCAGCCGGCCACAUUUCUAGAAAUUGCCUGCACCUUUGGCAUUCUUUGGGCCCUGUCCAUGUUGGGGUUCCUGUACAACGACUUGAUAGGCGUCUCGGAUCCCUAUGUAUUCCCACUGGGACUCAUCCUGAUCAUGGUUGGCCUGCUGGUGGUGCCUCUGCCUAUAAUGAACUGGCCGGCCAGGUGGUGGACCAUUAAGCUGGUGGGUCGCGUCAUCACCGCUCCACUGCACUACGUGGGAUUUGCCGACUUCUGGAUGGGCGAUCAGAUGAAUUCGCUGGUGUCCUGCAUUGUGGAUCACUAUUAUACAGUAAGGUUCUAUGCGAUAAGUUGGCUGCGAUAUGAUCGGGUGAACAACUGCUUUGAACCGGAUGUGAUGGUCCCAAUUACCAUGUGCCUGCCCGGCUGGUUUCGAUUUGCUCAGUGCCUGCGAAGAUUCAGGGACAGUGGUUCCAAGUCGAUGAGCUACCUGAUCAAUGCGGGAAAGUACUCAACCACAUUUUUGGUCGUCCUGUUCUCCACGCUGCGCAGCAAUUCGGAGGGUGGGUAUGCCAAUACGUUCAGCAACCCCUACACCUGGCUAUUCCUCUCGAGCUGCGUGGUGGCCACCGUCUACUGCUAUUUGUGGGAUGUUAUUCGCGACUUUGGGCUCUUCAGGAUUAUGCGCGGCGAGCGUAUAUUCCUUCGAAAGCAAUUGGUUUAUCCGCAGGCCUUCUACUACUUUGUGAUCGUAGAGAAUCUGGUGCUGCGGCUCUUUUGGGCCGUCGAGUUCACCAUCCUUUACCACAAUCUGAUGACUCCCUAUAAUAUGAGGACCAUUUCCAGUAUCCUUGAGAUCACUAGACGCUUCAUAUGGAACUACGUCCGUCUCGAGAACGAACACUUGUUCAACUGCGGAAACUUCCGCGCCACAAGGGAUAUCCAUUUGGCUGCCCUGAAUCCUCGCCAGGAGCGAAUGCUGGAGAGCAUGAUGGACGAGUCGGAUGGCGUGUCGAAUCGCCGCAAAUCGAAGGAGCGAAUUCGCCUGGGGAAGGAGUACUUCUAAAGGCAGCUGCUGAUCUUUAUUUCCCCGCCAAUCCGCUCUUUAAUGGCCCGUCAUCGUCUUUAAUUAAUUCAUUUGUGCAAAAUACAAGUCAGAUGGAAAGGCUGAGAGACAGGGCGACUGGAGAAAGGGAGCACGAGGAGCACGAGCAGCACGCGCCAAACCGGUUGACCAGCUGCACCCAAAAGUUGCAAUUCCCCCGGACUCCCUUCUCCAUAUGUACAUACAUAUUAUAUUUAUAGAGAUAUAUCGCCUGGUCAGAUAACAAUCGUCAUUGCUUGAAAGGAGGAGCAGAGGAGUCAAGAGCAAGGAGGGGAUCCUCGUGUCGAGCUCCCGAUCUCGGAUCAGCAUCGGCUUCGAGCAAGUUGUUCGACAAUCUCUUAAUUGACUCGCAUCGAGCUUUGAUUGACCCCAUAAUUAGCCAAGAGAAAGAGAGUAUAAGGAACCCUGGGAUGAUCACCGGUCACCCAUUCCAAUCUGGAGAAAGGCAUUCUAAUAAUAGGAAUGUUUCGGUCGCAUCAGCUCAUUUAUAUAGACUCUGAUUGCUUGAAAAUCAUUUUAUCAAACUAUAUUUUGUAGGCUUAAAAAUUUUAAUUGUUUAAAUAUUUGUAUACCAUUUGUGCACCUUCCUUUUCUGAAUCUUUUA